UAUUAUGUUCAUAACCAGUGUGGGAAAUAAAAUGUAUAACCUGUGUUAGUGGCCUGCAGAAUUGUAUUGCACAAAUUUGGCCUUGAGUGUGGUGAAGCAGAAAAAUAGUGAAGAACUGUAGGGGUGGGAGAAGGAUGUGAAAAGAUUAAUGGGCCAAGCACUCCCUUUUUAUAUCAUUAGAUACGAGUGCAGGUGCUGGGAGACAGGAACAUGUCCUAAAAUGGUAGGCAGGAAAAAGUUUGUACGUGACUAUAUGUGAGAAAAAACUGUAAACAGGGCGCUGCCCAUUUUCAUGUGUGUUUUAAUAAAAGCCAUGUGCCCAGUGAGAAGCUCCGAAGUCGUCUCGGUGUGUGGUCAUAUCACAUGAGAGCUUCCCUGGUCCAGGUAUUUUUGAAUUCAAUAUAACGGUGUCUGAGUGUGAUAUUUCAAUGGGUGUGAAUUCUUUCAGCUUACGGUGAAUAAACGAACACGCCGAAGACCUCUCGGAGGGGGUGCUUCAACACCUGCUUAGUAAGACCUUUCAGGUUUAGGGAAGUCCGGACCCGUUGGAUAGAGAGCUGGAUUGAGCAAUCCCUUUAGACAUGGGGAAGUAGGAGGGAGGGGUUAGCUCAUCGGACAACAAAAAUCUGUAAGAUAUGGGUUUCACCUUAGAUAUUAUGUAAGUAAGACCAUGCAGAACCUCAUUUUAUAUGACUUAGAACCACAUAUCUUUAGGCUAUCUGUGUAUAAAAUGUGUACAAAUGAGAGUUGACACAAAAACAGGUGCAGACGCCAUCGGCUACACUUUAUGACUGUGUAAUUUGUGAUAAACAUGUUGUGAAUUCAGUGCAAAAAUAAAGCACUUCCAUCUGCAAAAUGUGCAGAAACAUGUUAUUGUAGGUACAAAACAAUUUCAAAUCAGAGAGAGUGAUGAAACAUAACCAUCAGAAAACCCUUGCCUAGACAACAAUGUACUCAGUGAUAUCUGUACAACCAUAAUGAUAACAUAAUUCCAUGAGAAGGAAACAGAUAAAGAGUUUCUAUGAAGAACAGCUUUUGUGGGAAUUCAAAAUAAAAAUUAGUAGCUCAUUAACAGGAACAGGAUAAACGCCCUUUUUGAGGAAUAUAAAAGAAACCAGGUUAACUUCUGUCUCUCCAGAACUCUCUUCAACAUCCUUCCCUGCAGAUAAACUCCUGCAAGACAUCAAAAUCUCUCAGAACCAUAAACAUCAGACUACAAGAUGAUCUUGUUGCUCUUCUUGUUUGGCCUUUCUCUGGCCGCUGUGGCUCCUUCAGACGGACAGGAGAUGAAGCUACUGCGUAACGGCUGCCCCUUGUUCUGGUACGGCUUCAACGGCCGCUGCUACAAGUACGUCGCCACAUUGAUGACGUGGGGUGAAGCAGAGCAGCACUGCCUGUCCCAAGGAGCCAACCUGGUGUCAAUCCACAGUCUGCAAGAAGAGAACUUUGUCAAAACGUUGAUCAGAAACUUUGAUCCUGCUCAGGGAGUCAACUGGAUCGGACUUACUGACGCUCAGAAGGAGGGAGCAUAUUUCUGGUCUGAUGGAUCUAAAUUGACCUUUAGUUUUUGGAAUGCAGGAGAGCCAAACAACUUCGGAGGAUCCGAAUCGUGUGUGCACACUAAUCGGGAUUCAGCCAAGAAAUGGAACGAUACAUUAUGCACAAUUAAACAAGCAUUUGUUUGUAAAGCUCGCCUAGCUUGUUAUUAGCUGCUAAGAUGUGAUUCUGAAUCUGCUCGGUUGUUUCAAACGUGUGGAUCAGAAAAUAUCUAAUCUAACAUGACGGAUAAAAUAUGCAAAACCUUUUGUGCAAUUUGUGUUUCUUUUAUAAUUGGACUUUAUCAUUUUUUACAAAUAUUCUUUUGUCUGUAAAGCUCGCAUGGUUUGCUGAGAUUUUUAUUCUUUAAAUGUGUUGAUCAGAAUAUAUCAACUUAACAUGUUAGAUAGAAAAUAGACAAAUGUUUGCACAAAACUUUCUUUUGAUGAUGUUUGAAGAUAUUUUUUUUCUUCUUGAUCCAAUAGAAACAUUAAAGCAUUAAAGAAAUUUGAUUGGAAUUAGUGCAUGUUUUAAACAACAAAAUGUGUAGAAAGAGUUUAUGAUGAUGUGUGUUUCACAGAUAAUAAAAAUGCUUAAUUUAUACAGUUGUUUUGAACCUAGAUUCAAAAGAACUUGCAAGGUAAAAGCUUGUUUUUGGUGGAGUUAAAAACAUGAUAAUGUGACACACUGUAAAAAUAUCAAAGGGACAUUUAUUAAAAUAAAUGUUAACAUUUUAAGGCUCAAUAUUUGACAGGAUUCUGAGCACCUUUGUUAUUGAAUUUAUGACACUGAGAUGUUUAUUUCGGUGCAUCAAUAAAAAAUCUAAGGUAAAUAAAAAAAA